AUGUUCCGCACCAUGUCGGCCUCAUGCUUCGGUUCAGACAUGACCACGACGACGCCUGUCUUUGGUACUCAGCCAGACCAAGCCGGUCAGACACAGUUCAACACGCCUGGCCACUCUCUCUUCCAGUCAACUACCGACCCUGCCGAAAUCCCUUUCUGGUCGCAAACCUUCCCCCUCGACAUGGCCGACGGCGAGCCUUACGUACUCACAAACGCAGAGGUGUACGCGAGCUGCCCACUCGCCCGCGCUGGCAUCACUAACAGGCUCAUGGCGUGGCGGUCCCUCAACCUGCCUGGACAGCCGCCAGGUGUAGAGCGGCCGCUGCCUCAACCAUACCUCAUGGCAGCUCCCUUGACGCCACAAGCUCACGCUUCCGCGAUGAUCGUACCGCCACGCGUCGGUGAAGACAAGAAAACCAUCAGAGCGAGGUGCCAGAGUUGCUUCCGCGCACUCCCCAUCAACCGGAACAACGAUGGCGUUCGGUGUACCAAGUGCUUCAACGAAGAGAAAGACCUCGCUUCCACCGCCGCUCCAGCAACAGGCUGGUCCGCCAGCAUCACUAAACGAAGCUCCUUCAGCACUGGCCCGUCCCUUGGCGAACUCGGUGACGAUGAUGGUCUCGGUACGCCAAUCACGCCAGUAGACGGCAUGCAAGGGCACGCAAGCAGCCAGAAGCAAGUUGUCACUCCGCUGCCUCGCGUCGCCAUCGACAUCGGACUGGCUGCACAUCAUCUGCUGUACGCCUCGGUGGACGAAGCCCAGCAGUACGCGAUCCAGCCACCGGUAAAGGACUGUAUGCAAGUCAAAGUCAAGGCAGAAGAUGACGACUGGACGCUUGCGAAAGGCCCAUACUACGAUGAGCUGUGCUUGCGGCUGUUGGGGGCAGUCUGUGAUCCUCCCGCCCCACUUCCACCAGGCGCGGGCGAAGGCGAGAUCAAAGCCCUCAACAGGUGCAUGAAGACCCUUGCCGAAAAGCUGGGGUCGGAAGACGGCAUCAAGAUGGUGCAAGCGCACGUAAUGGUCGCAGUCAGCACAGCUGUGGCCAUCCACGAGUUCGGUAUUGCCAAGGUCGCCUUGCAGGAUCCCAGAGGCUUCAAGCCGGACUUCACUUUGACUUGUCUGGCUCGAGUACAGAAGAUGAUCGAGGUCGUCCGGCAUGAUCCGCUAUGCAAGAGCGAUCUGGCGAAGGGCGUCAGCAUCGAUAAGCUGGCGAGAAACCCAAGCGAAGCCUCAAAUCAGAAGACCAGAAACCUGGGCGGUAACAAGAAGAAGAAAGACAACCUGGAACUGGCUAAGGGCUUGCAGGCUCGGCAGGGCGAUGAGGGUUCGGUUCUCCUUCGAGCAACGGGAAAGCGGGUCCAGUCGUCGGACAUCGCAGCGGACCAGAACAUCGACCCCGCCGUAUGCGGAACUCAAUCCCGUCGUGUCGACCCGCCGUUUGAGCCAGCAUCGUUUGGAGGGGUGUCGACUCAACCAGGAGGGUCUGUAGUGGGCAGCACAGGAAGAAAGCGGGCCCAUCCGACGGACAGCUCGUAUGACCUUGAGACUGAAGAGGGCUUCCGGAGCACGCGACGCAGGACCACAAGUGUCUCACACCCUUCUCAGCAGGUGCAACAGCCAUCGUAUCGGCAGGAUUUGGAGUUCGUGCACCCUCAGCAUGGUCUCAGCGCCAACGGCAUGGUUGGGUCCGGUGACAGACAAGCGGUUUAUGGUGCCCAGUCCGGAGGUAAUCAGUCAUACGGAUUCCGUCCUCCCAGCGAGAGCUUCACAGGUGGUGUGCAGGGCGUCUUUCGGGUCGAACAAUCACAGAAUCUCUUCAACUCUCUCACCCAAGGAUUCGCCGCACCUCCGGCCUACCGCACCCCUUCAGGCACCCCCUUCAUCUUCAACAGUCCGUCAAGCUACGCCGCUCCAGCAGAAUACGGGGCUGCGUCCAGCUUCGGCGGUUCUUCAGGUUUGUCCAACGGCAGCAGUCAUGCGGGACCCAGCUUGUACGAAAGCUAUCGGCGUGCAAACUCAACUGGUCCGCUCAAUGGUAGCUUCAGUCUCAACACGGGGGAGGCGGUGGGAGGUGCGCAGGACUCAGGCGGCGCGUUCGGAGAUCGGUAUGUCGCAGAGGGUGGAGCGCCUUUUGAGACUGAUUUCGAUGAGCUCGAAGAGUUCCAGUAUCGAGACAUAAUCGGAGGUGCGGAGGAGACUCAAUGGACUGUUCAUCAUUGA